GGAAACCGCGCACAACGCUGCCAUAUGUGUGGUGUGCGCAUGCGAAGCAGCUAAAGUUGCCAACUUCCAUGUGAAAUUUCCUUAAUCUAUCUCCCUAACGUGAAUUGUAUAUUGGAACCAUCUUCAUCAUGAGUUUACUCGCUAAAAUAGCAGAGAUUGAAAAUGAGAUGGCCAGGACGCAGAAGAACAAGGCCACAGCUCACCACUUGGGUCUGCUCAAAGCACGUCUUGCCAAACUGAGGAGGGAACUCAUCACACCGAAAGGAGGCAGUGGGGGUGGAACAGGAGAAGGUUUUGAUGUAGCAAAAACUGGUGAUGCUCGAGUUGGCUUUAUCGGUUUUCCUUCAGUAGGAAAGUCAACACUGCUCAGUAACCUUGCAGGUGUCUACUCUGAGGUUGCUGCUUAUGAGUUCACCACACUUACAACAGUACCCGGAGUUAUUCGGUAUAAAGGUGCCAAAAUUCAGCUCCUGGAUCUCCCAGGAAUCAUUGAAGGAGCCAAGGAUGGCAAGGGUAGAGGCAGACAGGUCAUUGCAGUGGCCCGAACCUGCAAUCUAAUCCUGAUAGUGCUCGAUGUGCUGAAGCCUCUUGUUCAUAAGAAGCUAAUAGAGCAUGAGCUGGAGGGCUUUGGCAUUCGACUUAACAAGCAACCUCCCAACAUUGGUUUCAAGAAGAAGGACAAAGGAGGCAUCAACUUUACUGCUACAUGUGCACAAAGUGAGCUUGACGCUGAAACAGUUAAGACCAUCUUGGCGGAGUACAAGAUCCACAACGCCGACAUCACUCUGCGCAGCGACUCCACAGCAGAUGACCUCAUUGAUGUGGUGGAGGGAAAUCGGGUUUACAUUCCCUGUAUCUUUGUGCUCAACAAAAUCGACCAGAUCUCCAUUGAGGAGCUGGACGUCAUCUACAAGGUCCCCCACUGCGUUCCCAUCUCGGCCCACCACCGCUGGAACUUUGAUGACCUGCUGGAGAAGAUGUGGGACUACCUAAAGCUAGUGCGCAUUUACACCAAACCAAAAGGCCAGCUCCCUGAUUACACAUCUCCUGUUGUUCUUCCUGAUGGGCGAACUUCAGUCGAGGAUUUCUGCUUAAAGAUUCACAAAAACCUCAUCAAAGAAUUCAAGUAUGCGCUUGUGUGGGGCUCAUCUGUAAAACACAACCCUCAAAAGGUGGGCAAGGACCACGUGAUGGAAGAUGAAGACGUUAUCCAGCUGGUCAAAAAAUAAAGAGUCUGGCUGCAUCUCUGCAUGACAUGUGCAUCACAGAGUUUGAUACAGCAGCUCAAUAAACCACCAAACAUGUCCAUUGUAGAGCAUCUUUGUCCUGUGGUUUCAGAUAGUUUGUUUUAAUUUAAAAACAAUGAUGCAGAUGUGUCACAUUUAAAAGAGCCCACAGUACUUAACAUUAUGAAAGUUCAUAUUGAAUAUUGGUUAAGGCUUGCAUUGAAAUAAACUACAAUAAAAACAUAA